UCGUUCAGUUAUUGAAAAACACUUUACAUUACGUGGACCAAUCAGAAGGCUGUAAACUGACAUGGCCAGCCAAUCAGAAUGCAGCUUGUUGUCAUUCCAGGAAGCGCCAGCCCCGUUUGUUCCUCCUUUGUUUUUGCUGUUAGAGCCAGAGACAAGCCGUGAAGCGGGUUCAUCCAACUUCAUUCUACUCGAUGUUAGUCGGUGGGUUUGGACACAGAUUCUCAUCUUUUGAUACUUAGGAGCAGUUUGAGCUCAAAUCUACCCAAGUCUUUUUCCUCCUGGAUAUCUCGGUGCUCUCCGCUAUAGUUAGCCGGUACCGGAGCUGCUAACUCUCGUGCAGUGAAGCGGAGACGGUCAUAAAGAAGCCAAAGGUGAAUUUGAACUGAAACCUAAAAGUCAUAUCUGGAGGAAGACCAAGAUCACCUGAUUCCAGCAAACAUGGAUGGAAGACCCACCUGUGACCAGUGUGGAAAGACUUUCACCACAAAGAGUGGGCUGAAGAAACACCUCCACAUCCACUCCGGAGAAAGACCAUAUGACUGUGAUCAGUGUGGGAAGAAUUUCACUUUGGCAAGUAAAUUAAAAAGGCACCAACGCAUCCACACUGGAGAAAGACCAUAUAACUGUGACCAGUGUGGGAAGACUUUCACCCAAAUGAGUUGGCUUAAGACACACCUGAGCAUCCACAAAGGAGAAAAACCAUAUGGCUGUGACCAGUGUGGGAAGAAUUUUACCACAGUAAGUAACUUAAAAGUGCACCAACGCAUCCAUACUGGAGAAAGACCAUAUAACUGUGACCAGUGUGGGAAGACUUUCACCACAGCAAGUAACUUAAAAUUAAAACGGCACCAACGCAUCCACACUGGAGAAAGACCAUUUUACUGUGGCCAGUGUGGAAAGACUUUUACCAGAAUGAGUGUGCUAAAGGAACAUCAACGCAUCCACACUGGAGAAACACCAUAUAACUGUGACCAGUGUGGAAAGACUUUCAGAUCCUUAUCUGCUUUACAUUCUCAUCACCGUGUUCACCACAAGAAGUUGAUUUACCCUGGUCAUCUUCCUCUUACAAGUGUCACCAACAAACCCAUAUUGGAGAAAAUCCCAACGAGUGUAGAUUUGGUGACAGAUCUUUUAUUACCGGUUCACGGCGUACCAAACACGAAUGUGUCAAACAUUUCCAGAAAAGACAAAAACUGAACAACUGUAGGAAAAGUGAGACUCUAGACAAUCAGUGUCAUAACACACCAAAACAGUUGGAGUGUUAUCAAUGGCCAAACAGAUUCUCGUCAUCCUCUGCUUUCUCCCAUCAUCAGUGCAGAUGUGACUCAUGAACGUCUGGACCAAACAGUACCUCAACAACAGAUGAGAAGAAGAAACACAGUGUGUCUGAACCAGCAGCACCCACUUCUUCUGACAAGAACACCAGACUUCAAAACCUCCACAUCAGACUUCACAGAAUCCAGAUGUGAAGACAAACACCAGACUGAAAGCUGUGUUUUGUUGUCUUCAGAGUACAGAAGUGUGUUCUAAUGCACCACCUUCACAAAACAGUGACAUUACAGAAGCUCCACCUACCACCAGGUGAAAAGUUCAACUAGUGGAGGUCAACAAGGACCCGGUUUCAUUGACUUUGUGGACAUUGAAUCAGUCAGAGGUCGCCUUCACCGAAAAUAUUCCAUCAUUGACAUAUUUUUUUUUAAGAUGAUGGAAAAUUCUGAAGGCCUUCUGUAAUUUUGACAGAUUAAAAUACUGAGUGUAAUCUACCAAAGAAAGGUUUCACACAACACUGAACAGAACCUGGACCAGGAUCGCUGGUCUGUCUGUGUCUGAACAAGGCAUCAAACAGUCCAUAAUAGCAUCCUACCUGUAUAGAACCCUACAGCACCCGUAUAGAACCCUAAAGAUUCUAGGAUUGAAGAGGGUCACUGUCAACUUCAACACACCAGUGCCAUCUAGUGUCCAGGUUGACACUUCCAUCUUCUUCUGUUUUAGUGAAUGCAUUGAAGUCAGACUGAGGAGGGAACUUCACUGCCAUGCAUUAGACAUUUGUACUGAAAUAAUCUGAUUCUGACUGAUUACAGAUCUUCUCUACAGUCUUUAUUUCAGCGCUGAUUCUGAUCAGAACUCUACGGGGUAAGGAAGCUGUCCAAAUAUUCAUGGACAUAAGACAGAUGUGUGUGCAUAUUAGUCUAUAGUUGUGCACAAAUACAUAUGUGUAAACUCUUGAAUGAGUUCAGUCGUAUAAAAAAAAUGUAUUGUGUGUAUUUUAUCAGAAUACGAAUAAAUAAGUUUUGACAUCAGGAAUUACAAACACAAAAUGCAAUUUAGCGAUUGCGCGUUCUCCAUCACGAAUACGAAUUCACCAACGUGACUACUGAACCCAUUCCAGAGUUUAUUUGACAUCAGCCUUACCCCAUAGACACUGACUUUACUGGUUUAGAAUGUUCACUCCCAGUUUAACACAGCUGGACACCAUGGUUCAGACUGGUUUAACUGGAUGCACCUGCACAAUCCAACCUUUGUCCAAUAAUGGAGUGUGUUUGUGGUCAUUUGUCAGUGCCUGAGGUCUACAUGCACUUGAAUCCCACUGAAACCAGCAAAACCACUGACUCUAAAUGUGGAUCUGGUUUUCAAUGACAAAGCCAGGGUCUGAAUGACAGAAGGUAGAAAAGGAGGCCAGGACACAUCGAACAAACACACUGACAUUAAAUAUAUACACACACAGUGGAAGGAGACAACUGGUCUAACUGACUGACCCAUGAUGGGGAAGAAUCAUCCAAAAUCAGAGGAAAAUAAUCAGAAAAAGCCAACGUAUUUAUGCAACAGUAAGCUUUGAAUUUUAAAUCACUCUAAAAGGUUAGCUUUACUACGACGGCGUAUACGGGCCACAUACGAAAAUAAAAACACAAGUCACUAUGAGAAGAAAGUCAUAAAAUAU